AUGGAGAAAGACAACUUCACUCUUGUGAUUAAAUUCACCCUCCUGGGUUUCUCUGAAGUCCAGGGUCUUCAGAUCUUUUUCACUCUCUUUCUUGCCAUUUACCUCUUGACGUUGCUCGGGAAUGCCGUCAUACUCUUCACAAUCCGCCUCAGUCCUCAGCUCCACUCCCCUAUGUACUACUUCCUCUCUGAACUGUCCCUCCUAGAUGUGUGUUACUCCACUACCACCGUUCCGAAGAUGAUGGCUGGCUUCAUCAAUGGCUCUCAAAGCAUCUCUUACCAGAGCUGUGUGGCUCAGCUUUACUUCUUCCACUUCUGUGGGGGCACAGAGGGCUUUCUCCUCACUGUCAUGGCCUUUGAUCGUUAUGUGGCCAUAUGCAACCCCCUUCGCUACUCUUCCAUUAUGAGCAAGAUGGUUUGUGCCCAGUUCAUAGCUGGAACGUGCCUCGUCGGGACCAUCCAUUCUACUAUUCAGACCGUCCUCACUUUCCGCCUCCCUUACUGUGGCCCUUAUGAGCUUGAGCACUACUUCUGUGAUGUCCCACCUUUGCUCAAAGUGGCCUGUGCUGACACAUCGAUAAACAAAGUUGUCAUCAUGAUCAAUGUUGGCGUGGUUGCCCUCUGUUGCUUCAUCUUGAUCGCAGGCUCCUAUGCACAUAUUGUUGCCACCAUACUGAAGAUGCGCUCGGAGGAAGGAAAGAGAAAAGCUUUCUCCACCUGCACGGCUCAUCUCAUCGUGGUCUUGACUCUCUACGUCCCUUGUGUCCUCAUAUACUUGCAGCCAGCCACAACCAACUCGGUUCAGAAGGUGAUGUCCAUUUUCUACACAGCUAUCACCCCUGCACUAAACCCCAUCAUCUAUUCCUUGAGAAGUGAAGAAAUCAAAAGGGCAAUGAAGAAACUUGUAUUUAGGAAGGUAUUUUGCUGA